AUGGCUAUAUCCAUGGAAAGGCAGCAGCCCGCGGCGGUAGACCAUGAAGUCGAAGAAGCAUAUGCCAAACGCGACAUGGAUUUCGUGGAGCGUGCGGCAGAUUCAUCCAAUUUCAAUGCAGAGACAGCUCAAUUAUCCAAACCACACCGGGAUUAUUUGAUGGAACGCCAUGGCACUCUGGAUCUCGAUCCUCUCCCUGCAAUGGACCCUGCAGAUCCUUACAAUUGGCCAGAAUGGAAGAAAGUAAUGAAUCUAACGCUUGUCGCCUUCCAUGCAUGCAUGGGUACUUUUGCCGCUGCCGGAAUUAUACCAGCAUACUCAAAUAUCGUUGAAAUGUAUGGUGUUUCCAAUCAGUCGGCAAGUUACCUGACGUCACUCCAAAUUGCGGUACUCGGUGGUGCACCACUUUUCUGGAAACCCAUAUCCCAUCGCUUUGGCCGUCGUCCAGUAUUUCUUCUGUCCCUCAUCUGCAGUCUAGUGUGCAAUGUGGGGUGUGCGAAGAGCACUACCUAUGGUUCGACAGCUGCGUGCAGAGCCCUUUCGGCGUUCUUCAUCGCACCAGCCUCGGCCAUUGGAAGUGCCGUGGUAAUGGAAACAACUUUCAAAAAAGAUCGUGCUCGGUACAUGGGGAUUUGGACCGUGAUGAUUACAUUAGGAGUCCCGCUUGGACCUUUCAUUUUUGGUUUCGUUGCAUAUCGAGCUGGUUAUGAGUGGAUCUAUUGGGUCCUAGCGAUGAUCAACGGCGGCCAGUUUAUCCUUUAUCUCUUCUUUGGUCCUGAAACCCGCUAUGUGGAUAGUGGUGAGUGGCGAGAAGAGUCUACAUUCAAGAGAGAAUAUAUCUCUAUCCGCCGCAUUGACCCUACACCCUUUACCUGGUUCGAGUUCGUCAAGCCCCUGACUAUGGUCACUCAUCCUUCUGUGGUUCUGCCAACUUGCGCCUAUGCUAUGGUCUUUCUCUUCAGCAACAUCAUGACAACCGUGGAAAUCCCAGCGCUUCUACAGACAAAAUUCGACCUCAAUACCGAACAAGUUGGACUUCAGUUUCUAGGUAUGAUCAUUGGAUCUGUUAUCGGUGAGCAGAUAGGCGGCAACCUGUCGGACUACUGGAUGAGAAUGCGCACAAAGCGGAUUCAACAAAAUCCCGAACCUGAAUUCAGACUUUGGCUGAGUUAUUUUGGGUUUUUUCUUACCUGCGUGGGCUUGAUUAUUUUCCUAGUCUGCACGCAGGAAGCUCCUGCGGGUCAUUGGACUGUCUCCCCUAUCAUCGGCACAGGAGUGGCUGCUGCAGGGAGUCAAAUAGUCACCACGGUCAUGAUCACUUAUGCGAUCGAUUGCUACCCUCAAGAAGCGGCGAGCAUUGGUGUCUUUAUCACGUUUGUUCGACAAAUAUGGGGCUUCCUUGGGCCCUUCUGGUUCACAUCACUAUUCGAUAGUGUUGGCGUGGCUGCUAGUUCAGGCGUUGUCUGUGGUAUGAUCGUGGCUGUCAGUGUCCUUCCGACUAUUGUGAUACAGGCCUAUGGCAGCAGAUGGAGAUAA